GCUGACUACAAGUAAAGAUUUACACUCUUAACAGAUUGUAAGAUUAUCUGUCAAUUUAUUUAAACCUUUACAUGCAUCGAGUAUCAAUUUAAGUUGAUCAUAAAUUAACGUGAUCUUCCUUGUUUAUGAUUCUGUCCUUUAGUAGACCUACUUUCAAAAAAAGCUUUGGACGUUUAGUGCCCAAUCAGUUUAAAUUACUGCAUAUCCCGGUGACUACGAUGGAGAGUAUCAAGUGCCUAAGUCAAGAAGAAGCUAUCAAACUCGAUCAAGAUCUGUUCAAUGAGUGCCAAUUUAGUGUUGACCAGCUGAUGGAAUUGGCCGGACUUGCCAUUGCUAAUGCCAUAUAUAAAACUUAUCCAGCUCGAUCUUACAAGACGGUCUCAAUUUGUUGUGGACCAGGCAAUAAUGGUGGAGAUGGUUUAGUUGCUGCCAGACAUCUUUCUGCUUUUGGUUACCGUCCAUCAGUGUUUUACCCCAAACCAGGAAAAUCAGAGCUAUACUCACGUUUAGUACGCCAAUGUGAAAAGGAUGAAAUCCCUUUUUUGACUGAUCCAGAAGCUAUUGAAAGGAGCUCACUUGUGGUUGAUGCUGUUUUCGGUUUCAGUUACAAACCACCUUGUCGAGACGAGUUCAAAGAUCUUUUAGCAAUUUUAUCUAGAUGUUCAAACAGAUUGAUAAGCAUAGAUAUACCAUCUGGUUGGGAUGUUGAACAAGGACCUCCAACUGAUGACACACCGAUACUUCAACCAGACUGUCUAGUAUCGUUAACUGCACCUAAGCUCUGUUCUCGAUUUUUCCGUGGAAAACAUCACUGGCUGGGUGGCCGUUUCGUUCCUAAAACAAUAAUCCAAAGAUAUGAAUUGAGAUUGCCAGAUUACCCAGGAUCUGAGCAGUGCGUCAAGAUUGUUUGAUAUAUGAAAUAACUUGUUGGCUGAUGAUUGCCUCAGCAAUAAAUGCGACAAACAAUUUUGAUCAGUUCAAACGAUAUUUACAGUUUACGCCUCGUUUUAAAAAUUGUUGCACAGAUUUAAAAUGAGAAGGAAGCUGCAAUUUGCCAUGGGAUUGUGAUUUCUCUUCUCUGUUAGAUAAUUUUGUUUCAUAUUAUUUAACAAUUAUACAAAAAAUUUGUUCUAUUCGAUUGUUAAAUUUCUCAAACUAUUCCUUCCUAUUAUACUCUAAAAAUUUAAAUAACCUUAAAUUUUGAUGUGCUAAUUCUGUUAAUUCUUUUAUUCUGAAUAACAUUCAUUGUAAAAAUUCAAUGUACUGUUAUUAUGUUCUUCCAUUGAGUCAUAACUUGAUAAACAGAAGUGAUUGACUAUUGAUUAUUGAAUUUUCGGUUAUGCUUUAUAAAAAACUGACAGCCAAAACAUAAUCGAUUCUAAUUAGCUCAUCAUAAAUUUUGUGAAACCCAAUCAAGGUUUUUUGAUUCAAACUAAUUCAAUGUCAAGUCACCAAUACCAAUUAAUACUAAUCUCAAUAAAAACCAAUCAUAUGCGUUAAUU